CGCACAUAAACAAAGCCGCAUUACAACUCCGAAAAGCAGCACUGACAACCCUCAGCUGUCCGGAGCGUUUUACUUUAUUUAUUUAUUUUUAUUGAUUCUAUUUUUUUAACAAACUUCUUUGUGUUUUUUUUUUAGAACAAGAAAAUAAGACGAUCGCUAAACUUUUUUUUCUUUUUACCUCCGAUGACUUCGUGCCUCUUCAGAAUAUCUUAAAACCUUUUUUUUUACUUCUUUAAUAUUACAACUUUUUGUGAUUAUUCUGGAUGGAAAAGGGGAUACUUAAUGUGAGGUUAUAACCACAUGUAAAGACGGAACCGCUACAGCAAAGCAACACAGGUUCGGAAGAGCGCGCCCAGCCGAGCUCGGAGCCCCGGCGAUCGGUCCCCUUUUGUGCCACGUCCGCCGAGUCCCCCCCGCUCCAGGAGCUUUGUCCCGGCCGCAGCCACGAAACCCCCAAACCCCGGACACCCAGCACCAUUCAGCGCGAAGCUCUUUCACCAGAUCUAUGGCAUUCUGACAAUGAACAGGCGCGCUCAGUUAUUGGAACAGCUGCAGUUUGUCCAGUUGAAAUGCACAUCUCGAGACAUGCCCUGUGUGCAGGCUCAGUACGGGCCGGCCCCUCCAGGCUCCGCUUACUCCGGCCAGUCCUUCAGCUACCAGGGUGACAGCUACAGCUCCGACCUUAUGACCCAGGACUACACCAAGCUAGACCUGGGCGGGGGGGAGAUCUCUGCUGCCGCCACCACCUCCCUCCCGAGCUUCAACGUUUUCGUGGAGGGCAGCUACGAGCCCAAAUCCUCCUGCCUCUACCAGAUGCCCCCCCACAGGCCCGCCAUUAAAAAAGAGGAGGAGAGCUACCCAACUGUCCCGCCUCUGGAGGCCAUGUCUUCCACUACCAUGUACUUUAAACAGUCCCCUCCAUCCACUCCCACCACCCCGUCCUUGACGCAGCAGCCGGGCACCUCCUUCAUGUGGGACGAACACUCCUUGGCCCCUCAGUCACACCCUCACUCCAUGGGCUCGGGCCUUGAGACCGGGCCCCUGAAGUCCCCACGCUUUUCGCACUUUUACCAGCACUCCCCUCCUCACAGUGGAGGCAGUGUUGGUGGCUACGAGAACCUUGGAGCGGGGCUGGUUCGCACCUCUUCCUCUUCCUCCUCCUCUUCUUCAUCAGUGUCCCACCCCCACGGCCAGCACCUGGAGCAGCCCAUGUACCAGCUUCAUCGCGGGGCUGGGGGCAGCAGCCUCGCCUUCCGCUCCCUGGCUCUGGGACCUUGUGGCCCCCUACUAGGGGACAGUCUGCCCUCACCUCCCCCUCGUGGGCCCCAGGGAGAAGGAACCUGUGCUGUGUGUGGGGACAAUGCAGCAUGCCAGCACUACGGAGUACGAACCUGCGAAGGCUGCAAGGGCUUCUUCAAGCGCACCGUGCAGAAAAACGCAAAGUACGUGUGUCUGGCCAGCAAGAACUGUCCUGUGGACAAGAGGAGACGCAACCGCUGCCAGUACUGCCGCUUUCAGAAGUGCCUAAGUGUGGGCAUGGUUAAGGAAGUGGUCCGCACUGACAGCUUGAAGGGGCGACGAGGCCGCCUGCCCUCCAAACCAAAGAGCCCCCUUCAGACAGAGGCGUCUCCCCCUUCUCCCCCUCUCAGCCUGCUCUCUGCUAUGCUCAGGGCUUACUCCCACUGCACACCACGAGACCUUGACUACAGCCAGUUCAGCGCGGCCGACCCUCCGUCAUCCACCUCAGAUGCAGAGCAUAUCCAGCUCUUCUACAGGCUGCUCACUAUCUCGAUGGAGACCACGAGGUGCUGGGCCGAGCGGCUGCCGGGCUUCACUGAACUCCAGCGUGACGAUCAGAACCUGCUCAUAGAUUCAGCCUUCUUAGAGCUAUUUGUCCUGCGACUUGCAUACAGAUCAAUGCUGUCAGAGGACAAGCUGGUGUUCUGCAACGGCUUGGUGCUACACAGGUUCCAGUGCCUUCGUGGGUUUGGAGAGUGGUUGGACUCCAUUCGGGAUUUCUCAACCCACCUUCAGACUCUCAACCUUGAUGCUUCUGCCUUCGCCUGUCUCUCUGCCCUCGUUCUGCUAACAGAUCAAGUCACAGGUCUGAAGGACUCCAAGCGUGUUGAGGAGCUGCAGAAUAAAGUCAUCUGCUGUCUCAGAGACCACCUGGGCUGUGGCGCCUCCUCCUCCUCCACCAAAGCUGCGCCUCCUCUGAGCCGUGUGCUGGGCUUGAGGACAGAGCUCCGCUCCCAGAGGACCCAGGGCCUGCAACGGAUCUUCUACCUGAAGCUGGAGGACCUCGUCCCACCCCCGCCGUCAAUCGACAGAUUCCUGGAAACCUUGCCCUACUGAUGACUUGGACUGACUGUGUAGCAAGAAGCCCAUGUCAACGUCCUGUUCAGGCCUUUUAACCCCCGCCUCCACAAUGGAGGAGAGAGCGAGAGAGAAAGAGACUCUCCCUUCUGACCAAUUCAGAGAUGAGAGAGCAAAUCGAAAGCAUCUCACUCAGUGGGGGUCCACCAAUCGGACAACGAACGAAAAUGCUUUUCACCUGUAAAAACAAACAAACAAAAAAAGAAAAAGACAAUAACUCAAAAAUACUUUGCAGCCUUUUAUUUGAUGCUCCACUCUUUCUCUUACGGAGGGAGGAUGAAGGCUGAGUUGGACAGCAAAUGAUUCGCUCCUUUCCUUUCUCCAUCUGGGUGGCAGCUCGAUUUGCAAAAAGAGAACACGGUUUAUGAGUACUUUAGAGCUGAGUUGUGGCCUCACUCCUUCAGGACGUCUUUUUUUUUUUAAGAAAAGGUCAUGUCUCAGUGGGACAGAAAGUUUCGAUGUCACAGUGAGACUCAAGUUAGCUCCUGAUGAUAAGAGGAAGAGGGUUGUUUUCAUACUGAAGUGUAAUGAAAUGUCAGAGGUCAGACAGAAACAUGUAAAAAAUAUUUCACAUACAUGUGGAAGUGGCUAACAAGGCGGGCUCUUAAUUACAAAGUGCAAUUUCACCACAAAAAGGAAGACACGGAGGAGGGAAGGUUUAAUCUCAAACUCUAAAUUAUUUUAAUACAGACUUUUUUCUGUGCUGUCUCCAUGUGGCAACGGAGGAGAACCUGUGCACUAAGCGGCCCAUGACCGAGUCACCCUGACUUGAACCCACUUCUCUGUGUCAGUUUUUUUUUUUUUUUCUUUUAUUUUGUCAUUUUGAAAUCACAGGUUGGGGUAAAACUGUGGAGGAAUGAACAUGGUCACAGAUUGGCUUUUAAAGUGCUUACAAAGAAGGGCUACAAGCUCAGACACACGCCCUGCCUGCUUGGGCCAGGGGUGUUCGAUCAAUGGGAAGGGGGGGGUUAAACAUUCCACGUUCGUUCUUUUUUUUUCCUUUUAUUUCUGUCAUGGAGGCUGCACCGGUGCCUGUUAGCAUAAGAGGUCUGGAUCAUGGUGCAAGCUGCCGAGAGCUGCCAUCGCAUUUCAAAAAAAUGGCUCUAGCUGUGUGUGCUGCACGGGGAUCUCCCCAGGCCUCCACCUCCCACUCACACCCUCACAGCAGCAGUUUUCAAACGAUCGAAGCAAAUU